CGUCAGCGGCAGAGCUGGCUUCAAGCUGACAUUGCAAGGGAAGCGUAGAUCCUCCGGCGGCGGUGCAAACUCCACGCUUGUGUCGCCCGUCGCCGCCGCUCUCAGUGGGAUAUCGCCCGGAGUGAAGCAGGCACAAGAUGAGUUGUUCGCCACGGUGCCCGGUUCUCAACUCGCUCCAGCUCCCGUUCCUCAUCCUGCUCAGCCUCUGCAGCCCGUCCGUGUCCAGGGAAGUCUGUUCAGGAAUUGAAAACAAGCUCACAAUGCUGUCAAAUGCGCAAGACCAUUACAACAACCUUCGUCGGACUUACAACGCUUGUGAGGUAGUGAUGGGAAAUCUGGAAAUAACAUUCCUGCAGCCGUAUCAUGACGUGUCCUUCCUUGAAAGUAUUCAGGAAGUUUCAGGUUAUGUCCUCAUAGCCCUCAACCAAAUUUCAAGGAUCCCUCUGCAGAAUCUUCGGAUUAUCCGAGGCCACCAACUUUACGACGACAAGUAUGCACUAGUCAUCUUAUCAAACUAUGAUCAGGAAGGAAGAAGCGGGCUCAGUGAGCUGCCCUUAAUGAAUCUCACAGAGAUUUUAUCUGGCACGGUGAAAUUUGCUUCAAAUCCUCAGCUUUGUUACUUGCAAUCGAUUCAUUGGGAGGAUAUUCUAGAAGACAGCAAGACGAAUAACCUAGCCGUUAAUUUCACUGCAGCAAAUUGCCCCAAAUGUCAUUCGCAGUGUCAUGAGAAAGCAUGCUGGGGUCCAGGUAUAGAGAACUGUCAAAAAUUCACAAAGAAAAUCUGCGCACAACAAUGUUCGGGCCGAUGCAGGGGUCCGAACCCCAGUGACUGCUGCCACAGCCAGUGUGCUGCUGGAUGUACAGGGCCCAGGGAGUAUGACUGUCUGGCUUGUCGGAAGUUCAGCGACGGAGGCACUUGUAAAGAAUCCUGUCCUCGCUUGGAAAUUUAUAAUACAGUUACUUUUCAAAUGGAGCGGAAUCCACAUGGAAAAUAUAGUUUUGGAGCAUCCUGUGUAGAGAAGUGUCCCCAUAACUAUGUGGUAACAGACCUUGACUCCUGUGUUCGAUCCUGCAGUCCUGGUACACAUGAGGUGGAUGAGGACAAUAUCAGAAAGUGUAAAAAAUGUGAAGGACCUUGUCCAAAAGAUUGCAGUGGAAUUGGAGUUGCACAUUUGAAAGAUGCUAUGUCAAUCAAUUCUUCAAAUAUUGAUUCAUUUAAAAAUUGCACCAAAAUUAAUGGCAAUGUGGUUAUUUUGGAAGUGGCCUUCAAAGGUGAUAACUUCUCAAAAGCACUUCCACUGCACCUAGAAAAAUUGGAAGUCUUUAGAACUGUCAAAGAAAUAACAGGCUAUUUUUUAAUUCAAAGUUGGCCAGAUAAUUACACCGAUCUGCAAGUGUUUGAAAAUCUUGAAAUAGUGCGUGGCCGGACUCAACAUCACAGCAGUAUAUCAUUUGCUUUGGCCAACCUGGGCAUCAGAUCUUUGGGACUGCGUUCCCUCAAAGAGGUUAGCGAUGGUGAUGUAAGGAUAAUUAACAACAGGAAGCUCUGCUAUGUGUGGUCCUUGGACUGGAAGCAACUCUUCAAGUCUCCCCGACAGUCCAUCAUUAUAAAGGGAAAUAAGAAAAAGGCAGAAUGCAAUGAUGAAAAUCGGGUCUGCCACCCACUGUGUUCUGACGACGGUUGUUGGGGCCCUGGACCCUUGCAGUGUUUUUCUUGUCGUUAUUACAUACGUGACAGAGCGUGUGUUGAGAAGUGCAACAUUUUUGAUGGGAAAGUGAGGGAGUAUAUGGAAGGGUCCCGAUGUUUUCAAUGUGAUGGCGAAUGUAAACCGCAGAAUGGGACUGAAACUUGCAGAGGACCUGGCAACCAAAAUUGUAGCGGAUGUGCUCAUUUUAGAGAUGGCCAACACUGUGUGAAAAGCUGUCCUUCUGGAAUCCCUGGAGAAAAUAAUACCCUCAUCUGGAAGUACCCUGAUGAGAAUAAGCAUUGCCAGCUCUGUCACCUAAAUUGCACUCAAGGGUGUAAAGGACCAGAGCUUGAAGAUUGUGAUCAUUAUGCUGGGUCCCACAUUCCUUCCAUUGCUGCAGGAAUUGUUGGAGGGCUCCUUGGUUUGGUCAUGUUGGCUUUGUUGAUUGGAGUAUUUCUGCGGAGAAGGCACGUCAGAAAGAAGCGGGCUUUGCGACGUUUGCUGCAGGAACGGGAGCUGGUUCAGCCUCUAACACCCAGUGGAGCUGCUCCAAAUCAGGCCCUUCUGCGGAUCCUUAAAGAGACAGAAUUCAAGAAAAUCAAAGUGCUUGGCUCUGGAGCAUUUGGCACUGUGUACAAGGGCUUGUGGAAUCCGGAGGGGGAAAAUGUCAAAAUCCCUGUUGCUAUCAAAGUAUUGAGAGAAGCAACCUCACCGAAAGCUAAUAAAGAAAUCCUUGACGAAGCAUAUGUGAUGGCCAGUGUUGACCAUCCCCAUGUUUGUCGGUUACUGGGAAUCUGUCUCACUUCAACUGUGCAACUUGUCACACAGCUGAUGCCCUUUGGUUGUUUGUUGGACUACAUACGGGAAAACAAAGAAAAUACUGGCUCCCGGCAUCUUCUCAACUGGUGUGUGCAGAUAGCAAAGGGAAUGAGCUACUUGGAGGAGCGGCGGUUGGUACACCGGGAUUUGGCGGCUCGGAAUGUUCUGGUAAAGUCACCCCAGCACAUAAAGAUUACAGACUUUGGACUUGCCAGACUCUUGGAUGUGGAUGAAAAAGAAUACCAUGAGGAUGGUGGCAAAUUACCUAUCAAAUGGAUGGCAUUGGAAUCAAUCCUUCAUAGGACUUUUACCCAUCAGAGUGAUAUCUGGAGUUAUGGUGUAACUAUUUGGGAACUAAUGACAUUUGGCUCUAAGCCCUAUGAUGGUAUUCCUGCUUGUGAAAUCCCAAAUAUCUUGGAGAAAGGGGAAAGAUUGCCACAGCCUCCAAUCUGUACAAUCGAUGUGUACAUGAUCAUGGUUAAAUGUUGGAUGAUUGAUGCAGAAAGUCGACCUAGAUUCCGAGAGCUGACGUCUGAAUUCUCCCGGAUGGCCCGAGAUCCACAACGUUAUCUUGUAAUUCAGGGUGAUGAUCGCAUGCACCUGCCAAGUCCAAGUGACUCAAGGUUUUACCGCACCAUAAUCGAGGAAGAAGAUAUGGAAGAUAUUGUGGAUGCCGAUGAAUAUCUUGUUCCUCAUGCAGGUUUCUUCAACAGUCCUUCCACAUCAAGGACACCCUUAUGUACAUCAGUGAGUAUGACGAGCAAUAAUUCAUCAACUUUGAUUAAUAGAAAUGGACAUCAAGGAAUUCCUAUGAAAGAAGACAGUUCAACAUUACGCUAUAGUUCCGAUCCAACAGUUCUUCUUGAUGACGAUGACAUAAAUGGAUGUUUCCAACCAGCCCCAGAAUAUGUCAACCAAAUUCAAAAUAAGCCACUUCCAAAUCACUUGAUAAGCCCACUCUCUGAUAUGGAAAACCCAGGUUACCAGGAACUUUUUGUCCCUCUCAUCAAGAAUGGCAGAGGUGACUCUCAGUACUUAAAUUCUUUCACUAAUGCCGUGGAGAAUCCAGAGUAUGUGAGUGCUCCCAAACCCAUCAACAAAGCAGGUCUGGACCAUCCCAAUCACUGGGAUCAGACAGUGCUCCCCAAUGUGAGCUUGGACAAUCCUGAAUACCAGGAGGAUCUCAUUUCUAAACACACAAAAGUGAACGGUCAUGUUGAAGCGACGGCUGAGAAUCCAGAGUACCUUGGUGUUGUAGUGCCACCCAGAGGUCAAAAAAGCACUACAGUAUGAUACCGGCAAGCAGACCUUAUACACAAUCUGGUGUCCAAACCCUGCUGGUGAAUUUUAAGUGCAGCUAUGCUGUGGUACUGAUAAUGGACAUUUCCAUAGGGCAAUGGAAAAGCAAUGAAUGUGAAUACUUUCUCCUAAAAUAAGCAUUAGGAUAGUACUGGUGAUGGAGCUUUACCCUGACACUUUAAAUUAGGUUUAUAAAACCUAGAAAGGAAAUAGAUGUAGUUUUUUUUCCCAGUAGCAUUCCAUAUUUCUUUUAAACAUUAAAUUGCAUACUUGUUAUGUGUAGAUAAUGGCUAAAGUUUGUGUCACAGCCAAUUUUUCAGACACUGUCGUUAGGUCUUAUUUCAAUACCACCCUCCAUAUAGCUAAAAACAUUCUUCCCUCCACAGGGCUUGCGUAUUCAAAAAUAAAAAUAAAUAUGCAAGUAGUUUUACUUUUUAAAUGUUUGCUACUACUUCAAAGAAUAUAUUAAGUGCAGUAUCCAAGUAAUAUGAACAACUCUGUGGAAUGAGUACUAACACCCAGGUAAAGUGGACUCUGACAUCUCAACUAUUCUUGCGUGAGCUGGGAAUGAUUAAAAUAUGGAGUAAGAUUAGCACAAGUUUUGUAUUUCUCAAGGGUAUCUCAUGAGCGCAUGGUAAAAACUUGCCUUCUGAUUUGAACACUGCAUCUUCAAUCUAAUUAGUUAUUCACUCUCAAGUAAUUCAUCAGGAAGUAAAUGAACAAUUCACUUGUACAGAAUACUGGAGCAACUUGGCAGGUCAGGCAGAUUGUACAGUAUGGAGAGGAAUUGUUUCAGGUUGAAACCCUUCACUUAACUCUAUUUAGUUCAAAUUUUCCUGUGAUUGUAACUAAGUCCAGCAUUAAUUUAGAUCUCUUAUUUUAACUCUCCAUUCUCUUAUGCCCACAUCCUUUGUCUUGCUCUGCUGUAAAACAAAUAACAUAACUGUCCUUGUACCCUGUUGUUUGGCUUUCUUGUUGCUCUCCAUGCCUUGUGGCGCAUUGGGCGAGAACCCUGCCAUUUCUUUAGUGUUUACCUGGAGUUUUUUUUAUACGAGAACGAGUUGCUCAAUGGAAUGCAUGCAAGGAGCCCGCCGGAUUUGAACCCAGGACCACUGGCCUCAAAGUCCAGUGCUGAUGCCACUACACCGCCGGCUGGCUUCAUCUGUGUUUGUUAUUCUUCAAUGAUCAAAAUAGGAACUGAAAUUCAUGAAAUCAAAUGAUUCUUUUAAAAACUGAAACUAAAUAAAAACACUAAAUGCUGGAACACUCAGCUGUUCAGGCAGCAUCUUUAGGCAGGGAUAUAGAGUAUAUGAUUAAUAUUUCACUUCUCUCACUUUGGCUGCUGUAUUUUCAAGUCUCGUUAACUCAAUUGAAAUUCCACGGAUGCUGCUUUGGGAUUUAGGUCCUUGGUCCACUAUAAGGUUGUCCUACUCCUAGCGUUGACGUUUCUCCUUGCAAAGAGGUUCUAGGAGGUGAUCCACACUUCUUAAUCACAGCUGCGAGAUCUCAUAAAAUCUUUAAAGUAUGACUGAAAUUGAACUAAUUGGAACUGCUUUAUGUUCCAUCUCUGUGUUUUACUGGGACUCAUCACUUAACAGUAAUAAUGCACUACUCAAAGCUGAAUUUUCCUCUGCACUUGCCCUACCUUCUGACAUCAUUCUCAAUGAAUUCCUAAUGACGGUCAUUAUUCAAUACUUGUUUGUGUUGAUCAACUUGAUAGCGAUGCGGUAAUAUUUAUGAAAUAUGGAAGAUGGCUGAGUUAUCUGGAUGAAGGAUUAUGGAAAUUAAGGAAUGUGUGUUCUAACAAUGUGGAUUGUAUCCCUUUUUUUAAAUUGUGUAGAUUUUACAGACAAAUGUUGCUGAGAUUUAAUAAUUUUAGAAAACAAAUGAAUUGUUGAAGCACUAUUUGUAUAGAAGUGAAAUCCAGUCUUUUAUAUGGUGUAUUGUUAAAAAUAAAUCAUUAUAUGCUUAUAUGUAUAUAGAGUCCAGAAACAUAACAAUGGAAUGUAUGCUACAUAAUGGACAUUUUUAAUUAAUUGUUAAAUAUUUUGAUUGUUUCUUCAAGAUGAGAUGAGCAUUUUAAGAUUUUACGCACAUUAACUUCUUGGAGAUUUAUGAAUGUUUCAUUUGUUUUCACUAAAGUCUUUUGACUUCUCACUUAAAGCGAUAGGUUGCCCUCAUCUCUCUGUGGUCAAACAUCAUGAAUCACUGCCAAUCCAUUCCUUAACAUCAGUCUGCUCAUUCUCACAGCGUUUUAUGGUUGCUGUACACAAAUGGAUGCAGCAAUCCUUACUACAGUAAGUGUACUUCGUAAAUAUUCCCUAUGGAAUUUUGAAGGGACUCUAACAUUGUUAAAGGCAUUACACAGAUAUGUCUUUCUUUUCCUACUUUUCAAAAAAAUUUUGCAAACUUUUGGCAUAACGAAACACACACUACAUUCUGUACUUAAGUGUCGGUUACAAUUUUGUAUUUGAAUAUUUUACAAAUUCUGGUUUCUUUUCCAUGAAAAUAUAAAACCACUGAUGCAUGAUACUUUACUGAAAUAAAAUAUUUGUGAAACAUUG